AUGUCCAGUGUAGUGAAAGCAGUGAGCAAAGUGACAGUGUACGCCAGCAGUAGUGGAAGGUCUCCAGCAUUCGGGAAGAACAGUUCGAACUCGAGAGGAAGUGUCAACACCCACCGUAGUGACCCGAUUUUCAGCUCCGAAUCCAGUCGUGAGGGUGCAAAGCAUUGUCCAGCCUGCAAGAACGUCGGGCAUCGAAUCCAGGAUUGUCGGGCCUUCCAAUCACUUUCCGUGGACGGCCGCUGGAAGUGUGUUCAGUCAAACGGGUUGUGCCGAAACUGCUUGAGUUCGCAUGUUAGAAGAAGCUGUAGAAAAACCAGCAACUGCGGGACGAACGGUUGCGAAUACCGGCAUCAUCCGCUUCUACAUUCGCCGCGGAACAGUACAGACACGCAGAUUCAACCGUUAGUGAAUACCGCAGAAAACCAUACGCAUCGGCAGGGGCAACAAUCGCUACUCUUCAGAAUACUACCAGUGACCCUGCACGGGCCCAAAGGAUCAGUGGAUACUUUUGCGUUCCUCGACGAUGGAUCAUCUUUGACGCUAGUUGAAGACAGCCUGGUCAAAGAGUUGGGCGUCGAAGGUGUAACGAUGCCGUUAUGUUUACUAUGGACAGCGAACGUAUCACGCACAGAGAAGGGGUCGAAGCAACUGUCGCUUACCGUUUCAUCAACUGAUGGGAAAAGAUACUCACUCGAGGAAGUUCAAACCGUAAAGGAGUUGUCGUUGCCCACACAAUCGCUGCCAUACGACCAUCUCUCCGAGCAGUUUGCACAUCUUAAAGGUCUUCCUGUUAAGAGCUAUUCCAAGGCGACUCCAAAGCUACUGAUUGGAGUCAACAAUCUAGAUUUGAUGGUUCCAUUAAAAGUGCGCGAAGGAUACAAACGCGAACCCAUCGCUGCCAAAACCAGACUAGGCUGGUGUAUCUAUGGCGGUAAAGCGAGCGACGGACAACAAUUAUCAGUAAACUACCAUGCCUGUGGAUGUGCAUCGGACCAGUCACUACACAACCUCGUCAAGGAUUUCUUCUCUACGGAAGACAUCAGUGUACCGACCGUAGCUCCUCUCGUAUCAGCAGCAGAAGAACGCGCUCUGCGAAUACUGCAGGAUACUACAGUGCGGGUCGGCAAUCACUUUGAGACGGGCUUAUUAUGGAAGUUUGACCAUGUUGAACUUCCUGAUAGCUAUGGUAUGGCUCGUCGACGACUGGAGUGCCUGGAAAAACGUAUGAUGCGGAACCCGUAUCUCAAGCAAGCGUUACAGACACAGCUGGAGGAUUAUCAGGCCAAAGGAUAUGCACAUCGCGCCACUGAGGAGGAGCUAGCAAGCGCUGACAUUCGACGCGUAUGGUACUUGCCGCUAGGAGCAGUAGUGAACCCUCGGAAGCCAGGCAAGAUUCGCAUGAUCUGGGAUGCUAGAGCAGCCGUGAACGGGAUCUCGCUCAACUCAGUGUUACUGAAAGGUCCCGACCAACUUACGUCCCUUCCUGGUGUUCUAGUACGGUUUCGUCAAUUUCAUGUGGGAGUCUGCUCUGAUAUAAAGGAGAUGUUUCACCAAAUCCUUAUACGCAAGGAAGAUCGCCACUCGCAGAGGUUUCUUUGGCGCUGCGAUUCGUCCGAAACACCUGAAGUGUACCUAAUGGAUGUUGCUACGUUCGGUUCGACCUGCUCCCCGGCAUCAGCCCAAUAUAUUAAAAACAAGAAUGCCAAGGAGUUUCAAGAGACGUACCCUCGAGCAGUCGAAGGAAUUGUCAACAAUCACUAUGUGGACGACUCUCUUGAAAGUUAUGAGUCCACAGAGGAGGCAAUAAAAGUAUCCCAGGAAAUGCGUUUCAUCCACGCGCAUGGAGGGUUCGAGCUGAGGAACUGGUUAUCCAAUAGCAGCGAAGUUCUGAACGCUUUAGGUGAAGUUAAACCCGGAGAAGACAAGAAAUUCGCGACGGACAAGCAAAGCAACUUCGACCGUGUACUCGGGCUCCUGUGGUUGACACAGGAAGACUCAUUCAGCUUCUCAACCGAGAUGAAGGAAGAUAUUACUGAGCUGUUGCAGAGCGACCAACAUCCUACUAAAAGACAAAUGCUGAAGUGUCUGAUGUCACUCUUUGAUCCUUUGGGUCUGCUAAGCCUCUUUGUGGUGCACGGGAAGAUUCUUCUUCAAGAAGUCUGGAGAGAAGGGAUACAAUGGGACGAAAAAGUGAACAACGAUCUGCAUCAAAGGUGGAAAAGUUGGACCCACCUGUUCAAAGAUGUUCGAAACCUGAAAAUUCCUCGCUGCUAUUUCAUUGCUGCUACCAAGGAGAGAUAUCGGGAUCUUCAACUUCACGUUUUUGUGGAUGCCAGUGAGAGUGCGUACAGCGCAGUAGCGUAUUUUCGAACAUCGAACGCUGAAGGACUACCAGAAUGUGCGCUCAUUGCAGCGAAAACGAAGGUGGCUCCCUUGAGGACCCAAUCCAUUCCUCGAUUGGAGUUACAGGCUGCAGUACUGGGCGCUCGACUGUCGCAGUUCGUGGAAGAAAACCAUACUCUACGCAUUUCAAAGAAAGUCUUUUGGAGUGACUCAGCAACCGUCCUCUCCUGGCUGCGAGCUGACCAUCGACGAUAUAAACAAUUCGUCGCGUGCAGGAUCGGAGAAUUGCUGACCAUCACCGAUGUUGGAAACUGGCGGUGGGUUCCAACCAAACAGAACCCAGCAGAUCUUGCAACGAAGUGGGGAAACGGGCCCAACCUAACGGCAAACAGCGUAUGGUUCAGAGGUCCCGGUUUUCUUCAAUUAUCGGAAGACGAAUGGCCAGUGCAGAAAACGUCGACGCCCUCUACAGAAGAAGAGCUACGCCCCUGCUAUGCGCAUAAGGCUACGAGUAUUCCUGUACGUUUGGUAGAACUUGAGCGCUUCUCUCAGCUUACCCGAGCUACUCGAGCUGUUGCUUACGUUUUACGUUUCAUUGGGAACCUCAAGCGGAAAGUCACACGACAGGAGGGAUUCGUUGGCCCGUUAUCUUCGGAAGAACUGGUACGAGCUGAAUGUCUGCUUAUCCGUGAGACACAGUGGCAAUCUUUUCCGGACGAAAUGGUUGUCCUUGUACGCAACCGAUCGAAGCCUAGGACCGAACAAGAAUCUCUGGGAAAAUCUAGUGCCCUCUAUCAACUAUGUCCAGUUUUGGAUGAGCAAGGCAUCCUUCGCGUUGAUGGCAGAAUCGGAGCAGCCCCAAAUGUCAAUAUGCAAACAAAAUUUCCGAUGAUCCUCCCGCGGAAACACAAAUUUACUGAACUACUAUUGGAUGGCUACCAUCGUAGAUUUCUACACAGUAACGCUGAGACUGUAGUGAAUGAGGUUCGCCAAGCUUACUACAUUCCAAGACUCAGGUUGGCGGUUAAAGGCGCAGCUAAAGCUUGUCAAUGGUGUAGAGUAUACAAAAGCACACCGGAGAUUCCCCGUAUGGCACCUCUGCCACUAGCAAGAAUGGCGUCGUUUAUGAGACCGUUUACCUAUACAGGCCUGGAUUUCUUUGGGCCGUUAACGGUGAAGAUCGGGAGAAGCAACGCAAAACGCUGGAUAGCCGUGUUCACAUGUUUGACCAUACGGGCGGUACACGUUGAAGUAGCUCACAAUCUAACUACGGAUUCGUGCAUCAAAUGCAUUCGACGGUUCAUUUGUCGCAGAGGAGCACCAGCCGAGAUAUAUUCGGACAACGGAACCAAUUUUCUAGGCGCCGCCAGACUUCUUCGGGAUCAAGUUGAGCAGUUGGCCGUAACAUUCACGGGCACCGCUACCAAGUGGGUAUUCAUUCCACCUGGCACUCCGCAUAUGGGCGGAGCAUGGGAGCGGAUGGUCCGCUCCAUCAAAACAGCCGUUGAAGCGGCGUACAACAACAACCGUAAACUGAAUGACGAGGCGUUGGAAACGUUUAUGUUGGAAGCCGAAGCUAUCGUGAACAGCCGUCCUCUCACAUAUCUGCCGCUAACGUCGGAGGAAAGCGAAGCUCUCACUCCAAAUCAUUUUUUGCUGGGCAAUUCGAACGGAGUUAAACAACCUGCUGUCGAAGCAACGGAUCCAGCGGUAGCUCUCCGCUCAUCUUGGCACCAAGUUCAGCACCAGCUCGACAUGUUUUGGAGGAGGUGGCUUAAAGAGUAUUUGCCAACGCUGACAAGACGACCGAAGUGUUGUGGCGAAGCAAAGGCAGUGGCGGCAGGACAACUGGUCCUGGUGGUCGGUGAAGGAAAAAGAAACGAGUGGACAAGAGGCCGUGUUGUCGAAACCAUUCAAGGGCUGAUGGGAGAGUACGGCAAGCUAUUGUCCAAACUGCGAGGGGGCUUGUUCGUAGACCGGUGGCUAGGUUGGCAGUAUUAG